AUGCGUGGCGUCCUACAACUGCAUGAGCUCAAAUCAACGCAAGAUGCGACAGAAAUGCUUCCAAGAGUCUUGAAUCUGUCCAACAUUAUAUUUGCUCCAGAGCCUGGAAGCAAAUACGCGUCGAUUGCUGUGUGGAAGGAGCGUCUGCCAUUACCUGAUGCGAAGAUCCUCUACAUGGCACCAUCCUCCGACCCUUCGAAUCCCAUCGCCUUUGUCUUCGCUCAUCCACGUACGCACCCGUUGCCUCUGAAGUUCAGCGAAACAGAAAGUCUGCACGUUUGGCUGGCAGGAGUUCUACCAGCGAGAAGAAAGGAAGGCUGUCUCUCCCGGAUGAUGGCCGCAUUAGAAGCGGAGUCCGCAGUCACUCUGACAGUGUGCACGACCCCCGAUAAAUAUCCGGACAUGUGGGCGUGGCUGAACGGGCGCGGAUGGUCGGUGGAACGGGAGCUUGGGCGGGGGAAAGUGAUGUUGAGCAAGUAUCCUUCAUUUGCGCCCUCGGCCCGAACACAGCACGAAGAUUGA